CGGAGCUCCGCUCGGUGGGCGGAAGUACGACCUGAGAAAGGACCCUUGACUGGCUCACUCAUUCCGGAACUUCCUGGAUCCUGCGCGUGCAGAUAGCGUUACCUGGAGCUUGAACCGCUGCACGAGGGUAUCGGAGGACUGGUGAGAGACAAUGGCCAAGAACAAACUAAGAGGACAGAAGUCCAGGAAUGUAUUCCACAUAGCUAGCCAAAAAAGCUUUAAGGUUAAAAAUAAAGCAAAACCAGUUACCACUAAUCUGAAGAAGAUAAACAUCGUGAAUGAUGAAAAAGUUAACAGAGUGAAUAAAGCUUUUGUAGAUAUACAAAAGGAACUUGCACACUUCAUAAGAGUCCUUUCCCUUGAACCUCUGAAGAAACAGCUGAUUCCUCAGCAGUGUCAUGAAAAUGAACCAGUUAAUGUUGAUGAAGCUACAAGAUUAAUGGCUCAGUUGUAAUACACUGGUGAUGCAUCAAAUUCUCCAAAAAGACAAAUAAAUAAAAUGUUUUAUACAA